AUGGUUGUCUCUGAAUCAAAGUGGAUUAAUAGAAGAAAGAUAUUGUGCGUGUUUUCUUCAUUUUUCUCUUGCACCCGAAAUCAAAAUAAGUUCAAAAGUGAAUCUCAGGAAGUGAAAAAAAAGCUUCAGAGACAGAACCAGGUGUCCAGGGAGGAGAACAAAGCUCUUAGAAGAGAAAACAAGUCCCUCUGGGAAGAAAACAAAGUUCUCCGAAGAGAAAACAAGGCCUUCCGAAUGGACAACCAGUUAAUCCGGGAAAAGAAUCAGACCCUGAGACGGCAACACCAGACCCUCCGGAAGUUUAAGAACGUGAUUUUUGAAAGCGAAAAACCACUGGAGGAAAAGAUGAAUGCACUGAGCACAGAAAGAAAGUCUUUUUGGCAACAGUAUCGAGCUCUGCAAGCUCAGAUAAAAGCUGUCAGGGAACAGAAGACAGCCUUCGAGAGUGAAGGGCAAGCUCUUCAGGGAAAAAUAAGGUCUCUCCACCAGAAGAUCAAAGCCCUGCAACAUCAGGAGAGUGCAAUCAAGGUGGAGAGACUAGCCCUGAUGAAGGAAGAAACAGCGCUAGAGAAGGAAGAACAGGCUCUGUGGAAGGAGGAACGGGCCCUUCGAGAGGAGAACGAGGCGCUCAGAGAGGAAAACCGUGCUCUUCAAGAGGAAGAGAAAGCCCUUCUGGAAGAGGCAAAGGUCCUUGAGCAGUGGAAUAAGGUUCUUCAAGGAAAGACAACAAACACUCUGGCUGGAAAAAUGCACAACAAGAAAAUACAGCAGGAGAAGUGUUAG